AUGGAUGAGCAAGGAGUACAAUUCGGCCUUGCGAUCAAUUGCGACGGCCUCAGGCUCAAUGUUGCCGUCAAUGGCCACAACGGGCACACCAAAAUCGGCGUCAAUGUCGAUACCAACAACAAGAUUGAGAUAGUGUUCAGCGUCGACAAGCCAGCAACCGGGCGAGUCCAUACCGACCCUGUCACUUCGACCAACAGCCAAAUUCGAGAGGGGCAGGAAGCUGGGCAGCUAGUCGUUGCUGUUGAGAAUUGUAUCAAGGCAUUGAGGACUAUUGAAGCCAGGGACGUCAAGAUGCGCGAUGGGGAGGGCAAUGAUCAGGACGUUGAGAUGGAGUAA